GCGAUGGAAAGUCCUGCGGGGUCGGCCCGGACUCUGCUGCUCCCCGACGCGGCCGGGCCCCGGAGGAAGCGCGCGGCGGGGGAGGCCGGGGCUGGGACGAGCAAGCAGCGGGUCCUGGACGAGGAAGAAUAUAUCGAGGGCCUCCAGACAGUCAUACAGAGGGAUUUCUUUCCUGAUGUGGAGAAGCUGCAGGCACAGAAGGAGUACCUGGAGGCCGAGGAGAAUGGAGACUUAGAACGGAUGCGCCAGAUCGCCAUCAAAUUUGGCUCCGCUCUGGGCAAGAUGUCCCGAGAGCCCCCUCCACCCUAUGUGACUCCAGCCACGUUUGAAACCCCUGAGGUGCACACAGGCACUGGAGUGGUGGGCCACAAAGCCAGGCCCCAGGGCCGAGGCCUGGAGGAUGGUGAGAGCUCCCUCUUUGGGUCAUACUGUUGGGAUUACCUGGGAAUCCUAUUCUGUGAGGCCCUGAGGGCGUAG